CUAAUUAAAAAAUUUAAUGUUUAUUUCAUUCGUUUUUCCCACAGUGACAAGGCGGGCAUAUCGUAUCUGUAAUUUAUAUUUAAAUAUAAAUAAAAGUAAUAAUAUUUUUAUUAGAACAAUGGGUGAGACAAAUACAGAAAUGUAUUAUGAUACUGUUAUGAAGCUUGUCAAAGAAGCAGGGAAGAUGUUUGGUUGCUCUAAGUUAGGAGAAUAUUUCUAAAGAUAGUCAACUUCAACAGAAAUUAAAUUUUUGUUUCUAGCUCAACAGAGAAUUGAUAGUCUCUUCAAACAGAAUAAGAUACAGAUUACCUAUACUAAAUUUACAUUGAAGAUGCAGUAGAAAUAAACAAACCAAGACAUGUUAAAUGCUACUAGGAUCACUCCCGAAUCAUAAUUUACAACGUAUAAACUUUGAAAAUCAUGAUUUGGGAUUUACAAUAUAUUAUAUACAUGGUAAAUUAUGAUUCACCUAUGUCGCCAAAGCCCUUACAAUAUGGAAAAGCAAAUGCAGUGGAAUGGGCAUCCAAAUCGACGACAACACCUGUCUCUACACCCUUCAGUUUGCAGACGAUCAGAUUAUAUAUGCAAACGAUAAAGAAGAUUUUAAAUAUAUGACUCGCAAAUUGAAGGAAGAAUACGAAAAAUAGGGACUGCAGAUGAAUGUAGAAAAAACACAAUAUUUAUGCCAUUAAACACACAUUAAUAAUAGGAUUCAACUGAUAUGAUAUUGGACAAUAAUCAGAAAAUAACGAGCUGUGAUGAAUAUAAGUACUUAUUUGAAAAUUAAUUUCAACAAGAAAGGUACAAACGAUGCAUAAAUUAAGAGGAGAAUAAAGAAAGCAAGAACGAUAAUUAAAUCAUUAAACAGAGUUUUGUGGAGUACCGAGAUAGGGAAACAAAGAAAAAUGAGAUACAACACCAUGAUUAAGAGCACAUUGGUAUACGGAUGCGAAACAUGGAGAAUAAGGGAACAGCAAAAAAGAAAAAUAAAAGCUACUGAGAUGGACGCCCAAGAAGAGCAAGUAGAACAUCAAGAUUGGACCAGGUUAGAAAUGAGGAAAUAAAGCGAAAAAUGAAUUUACAGGAAACGGUCGUAGAAUGCAUUGAGAAGAAACAAUUAACUUGAUACAGACAUGUUCAAAGAAUGGGUGAGGAGAGACUGCGAAAGAAAAUUAUGAAAUGGAUAUCUACAGACAACAGGAAAAGAGGAAGGCCAAGAACGACAUGGAUACAAGGAGUAAGACGAUCAAUGAGUGUACGAGGAUUAGAAGAUGAAAACUGCAAUGAUAGAAGAUAUUGGCAACAAGGCAUCGGAUAACAUCAGAGGACGUUUUGAACCUGAAUUUAUAUAUAUAAAUUAUGAUUUGGUAGUGAUCCUAGUAGCAUUUAGCCUGUCUUGGUUUGUUUAUUUCUACUGCAUAUUGAUUGUAAAUUUAGUAUAGUAAGGUUUCUUUAGUACAUAAAGGCCCAACAUUUGCAUUUCCAAGACUACCUGCCCAGACAGACUUUUGUGAAUGUUCUGUAUGCUGUUCUUGAAAAAUAUGAGGGUUUUCGUCACUUCAAUAGUGAAAACUUGUUAAUUUACAAUACCAUUAAAGGACAAAAAACAAGAAGGAGCAUAUAGAAAACCAACUGGAAGAACUAGGAAGUAUAACACACAAAUGGAAACAACAAAACUCUACAAGGAGGUUAACCAGAACAGAAAAGAAUUCAAACCUAGACUAUCCAUAGUUAGAAACAUAAAAGGGGGAAACAUUAGUGAUCAGGAUCAUAUACAAGAAAGAUGGUCAGAUAAUUUUGAGGGUGGACUAAAUAGGUAUAGGAAGUAAGAUAAAGUUGCAAGAAGCAGAAAUCGAACUCGAAGACAUGGAUGACAAAAGAGAGAAAGAUAACAUUUCAAUAGAGGAAGGAGUCAUCAAGGGCAGUCAUCGAGGAAGGAGCCUGUUGUAUAUCUGUUAGUGUUAAGUUAGUUACAGAUGGAAAUGAUGGGUAACACUUAGCAGGACUGACAGUGUGUGUCAUUUUCGACGUUAGUUAUCCAAGCUAGUGGUUAGCGAACAUACGUAUUAUAUCCGACUAGACUAUAUAAAGUUAAUUGUGGCACUGUAUGGGUAAUGUACAUUAAAUAAAGUUGUUUAACCGAAUCCACAUUUAAUUGUCAGUCUAUCAAGUAUAUUACAUAACAUUUGGCGACGAGGUCGGUCUUAAACAACUUAAAAGUUUUCACAUGUCACAUGUGCUCGUUUUAAGGUUAUGGUCGCAGUUGGCAGGAUAACCAAACCACAGUACAGUUUGUCAGCGAUCAGUGACAGUGGCAAGUGAUCGUGGUGUGACUCGGUCCUUAGACAAGGAAAGAGAGCUUCGGGCUGUAACAGUAAGGUUAGGGUGACGUAACCUUGUUUUUUUUUUGUUGAUGUCCAAGGAAAAAGUCAUGGCAUUAGUAGGAAACAUUGAGCAGUUUAAUGAAACAGGUGGGGAAGAUUUCAAUUCGUAUUUAGAACGACUAGAGCACCUAUUCAUAGUCAAUAAGGUAGAUGAAAAUAUGAAGAUCUCCCUGUUCAUUACACUUGCAGGUCCUAUGGUUUAUCAGACUCUCAAAAAUCUGGUGGCCCCAAAAAAACCAACAGAAUUAACAUAUGCUGAAAUAAAAAGCAAGUUAAUUCUUCAUUAUGCGCCACCUGUGUCAGAAAUUUAUGAGAGAUUUGUGUUUUAUAACUGCCAACAAAAAGUGAAUCAGUCAGUUAGUGAUUACAUGGUGGAACUGAAGAAGUUAUCCAGCACAUGUAAUUUUGGGCAAUUUUUAGAGGAUGCACUGAGAGACAGGUUUGUUUGUGGCAUGAUGGAUGAAGGUAUUCAAAAAAAAUUGCUUGCGGAAGCAGGUCUGACAUUUGCUAAUGCAUGUCAGAUAGCCCAAGCAUCGGAACUAGCCCAAAAACAGGUUAGGAGUUUAGCGGACACAAGCAGUAAUGUCAAUAGCUUAAAAAAAUCUGGCUUCCAGCAGUCUAGCAGUGAUAAGGUAAAAUGUCCUAAGUGUGGAAGGAAGCAUGAGAAAGGAGAUUGUCCAGCGUCUAGGUGGAAGUGUUACGGGUGUUCUAAGGUGGGACAUGUUAAGAGAUUAUGUCCAAACAAGAAGAAUUCAUCUACCAUAGGGGUUGUAGAAGAAAGUGAAAGUGACAGCGUGUUUCAGUGUAACGAACUCAAUGAAGAUUUGUGGAAGUUGAAUAUGUUAAAAGAUGAAGCUUCAGGGGCGCCACACAAAUUAAAACUAUUAUUAAAUGGUGAGUUAUAUAUUGAUUUUGAGGUUGAUACUGGAGCUUGUAAGUCAGUAAUAUCUGCAGAUGGUUACAAAAUAAUGUUCGGUAAUCAGGUAAAAUUAAGUCCUGUAAGUUAUAAGUUAAAUGUGGUUUCAGGGCAAGGUAUUAAAGCUAUUGGAGAAUGUAAUGUCAAGGUUGAAUUAGAUAAUAAUAAUUUUAUAUUGCCACUAACAGUAAUAGAAUCUCCAAAGCAGUUUACCCCCUUAUUGGGUAGAAAUUGGCUCAAUGUCCUGUUUCCUGGGUGGCAACAGAAGUUUUCAUCUGGAUUUGUAAAUUUCCUUCAAGGCUCAAAUACUGUCAGUGAGUUGAAACUCAAAUUUCCAGUAGUGUUUGACAAUAAUUUGUGUAACCCUAUUAAGAAAUUUAAAAUUAAUUUUAGUAUUAAAAAAGAUGCUACGCCUAUUUUUAGAAAACCUUAUUCGAUGCCAUAUGCAUUAAAACACAAAGUAGAGGAAAAGUUGGGCCAAAUGAUUAAAGUUGGGAUUCUAAAACCAGUUAGUUUUUCAGAAUGGGCCUCGCCCAUAGUAAUAGUCCCAAAAAAAUGUGGAAAUGAUGUUAGAAUCUGCGUGGAUUUUCGAGUCACUGUAAAUAAGGUCUUGAAUGUAAAUCAAUAUCCUCUUCCUAUACCAGCAGACAUUUUUGCGAGUUUAGCAGGUGGAAAGAUUUUUUGUGUUUUAGAUAUGUCUGGAGCAUACCAACAACUUCAGGUGCAUUCAGAUUCUCAAAAAUAUCUUACCAUUAACACUCACAUGGGUAUGUUUAGGUAUACUAGGCUUACAUAUGGAAUUGCUUGUGCACCAGCUUUGUUUCAAUCUGUUAUAGACCAAAUUCUCUGUGGUAUACAAGGUGUUAGUGUGUACUUGGAUGAUGUUUUGAUUGCUGGUAGUUCUUUGGAACAUGCAAAGGAAAUUUUAGGUAAAGUAUUAAGUAAAUUAUCUGAGUUUAAUGUAAAACUAAAUGUAGACAAGUGUAGAUUUUUUGAAAAUCAGGUUGAGUAUUUAGGACAUUUAAUAGAUAAAGAUGGUAUACAUCCUACUAAAGAAAAGUUAAGGGCCAUUGUAGAUGCUCCAGAACCCAGAGAUUUGACACAGUUACGUUCAUAUUUGGGUCUAAUAAAUUUUUAUAGUAAAUUUGUACCUAUGUUAUCAAGUCAGUUAAGGCCCUUGUAUAAACUUUUGGAGAGAGGUCAAGAAUUUUCAUUAAAUAAGGAGUGUAUUGAAGCAUUUGAAAAAAGUAAAAGAUUAAUUUGUGAAAAUGAUGUCCUCGCACAUUAUGAUACAAAUAAAACCAUAGUGAUAGCAUGUGAUGCAAGUGCUUAUGGAGUGGGAGGUGUGUUGAGUCAUAGAGAAAGUAACGGUCAGGAGAAGCCAAUAUUUUUUGUUUCAGGUUCCCUCAGUAAGGCUGAAAAAAACUAUUCACAAUUAGAACGUGAAGCCUUGGCUAUUAUCUUUUGCGUUAAAAAAUUUCAUAAAUUUAUUUAUGGUAGAUCUUUUAUUUUGGUCUCAGACCAUCAACCGUUAAAAAUACUUUUUAACCCAGAUCGCAAUAUUUCAGUAUUGUCUGCUUCACGGAUUACUAGAUGGAAUGUCAUUUUAUCAGCCUAUAGCUAUACUAUAGAAUAUAGAAAGGGGUCAAAGAUGUAUGAGGCAGACAUGUUAUCACGAUUACCUUUGAGUGACGUAACUGGUAUUGAUAGUUCAAUUAAUUCAUUUAAUUUAACAGAGGAUUUACCUAUUUCAUAUGAGGAUGUAGCUAAAGUCUCAUCAAAAGAUGGUAUUUUGUUACAGGUGAUGGAUUUUGUAAAAACAGGUUGGCCAAAUAAAUGUGGAGAUGGUGAACUUAAACCAUAUUUCUUGAAAAGAAAUGAACUUUCUAUUGAAAGUCAAUGUUUGAUGGUAGGUAUAAGGGUGGUAAUCCCCACUGUAUUACGUGAAAGUAUUUUGGAAUUAAUUCAUGAAGGACAUAUAGGUAUCGUACGGUCUAAAAUGUUAGCUAGAGCAGUAGUGUGGUGGCCGGGGUUGCAACAGGAUAUUGAGACAAUGAUCAAUAGUUGUCAGGUAUGUCAGAUAACGCAAAAUAAUUCUGAAAAAGCUUUAGUGUCUUGGCCUAAAACUGAAAAUGUAUUUGAACGAAUACAUGUUGAUUUUUUUUAUAAAAACAAUUGUACAUUUUUAAUUAUUGUAGACUCUAAAUCAAAGUGGGUUGAUAUACAUGUUAUGAAAAAGGGUACUUCAGUAUUACACACCUUAGACAAGUUGAAGGUAACUUUCUCUUUGAUGGGUCUGCCAGUUAUGCUGGUGAGUGAUAAUGGUCCACCGUUUAACGCUACUGAAUUUACAAGAUUUUGUCAAAACAAUGGAAUAACCAUUCUAAAAAGUCCACCAUAUCACCCUCAGUCAAAUGGGUGUGCAGAGAGACAUGUUCAAACAGUCAAAGCUGCAUUGGAAAAAUGUUCCAUUCAACAGUCGGAGCUCACUAUGGAGCAGCAAGUGGUAAAUUUCCUAUUUAAGUAUAGAAAUACACCAAGUGCUAGUACUGGGUUAAGUCCCAAUGAAAUUGUCUUCAAAGUUAAACCUAGAACCAGAAUUGACCUUUUAAAACCCAGAAAGGAAGGGAAAGUUAUGUUCAACAAAAAUGUUGACUAUGUAAAACCAGAUGUCUUUACUACAGGUGAAAAAGUGUUAGUGGGCAAAUUAGGUCCAUAUGUUCAGGACAAAUGGGUAGAAGGGGUUAUUGUAAGAUGUGUAAGUGCAACUACAUAUUUUGUAAAGGUAGAUGAUAAAAUUAUGUAUAAACAUGUGAAUAAUUUAAGAAAAUUAACUAACACACGUGUAAACUUGGAUGUUGAAAAAUGUACGGAGCUUUUACCAGUAUCACAUGCAAAUGUAGGCAAUGACAUGGUUCCUAUAGCUAAAAUUCCAAAUUCGGAUGAACAAGACAAAGGAAAUUUGAUACAGGUAAAAUCUCCAUCCAUCCAAACAGAGGCACACCCUAGUAGUAGCCUGUCACAAGCAGUUAGUGGUGACUGUGCAGUAAAUUCACCUGGAACUGAAACGUCCCUGAGACGUAGUUCCAGGAUAGGCAAAAAACGUGUUAGAUUAGACCUUUAGUUUAGUAGGGAAGGAAAUGUUGUAUAUCUGUUAGUGUUAAGUUAGUUACAGAUGGAAAUGAUGGGUAACACUUAGCAGGACUGACAGUGUGUGUCAUUUUCGACGUUAGUUAUCCAAGCUAGUGGUUAGGGAACAUACGUAUUAUAUCCGACUAGACUAUAUAAAGUUAAUUGUGGCACUGUAUGGGUAAUGUACAUUAAAUAAAGUUGUUUAACCGAA